AGACAGAGUCAGACAGUGUAGGAAAGUUUGUCCAGACAUAGGCUACAAUCCAGUUUUAAAAUACUAAGACGUAUAUAACCUUCGUCCAGUAUGAUAUCCACGGUAUAUUGCGUUACUGACGGAGGUCUGCUCACAGAGUGUUCUAAUUAAUUCGGUUACUUAAGUGCAUGAGUGUGGGCCUGUGGGAAUUUCGGACAUAGGUAACACAGCGAUUCUGGACACGGAUUUAACACACACACACACCACACACACACACACACACACACACACACACACACACACACACACACACACACACACACACACACACACACAAUACACACACACACACACACACGCACACACACACACACCAGGAUGACCGUUGAACUGUGUUCUCCAGGAACGAAACAGAAGAGCGCAUAAGGUAGUGUCAUGGCUAACGCCAUCCAAGAGCACGUGGACACCGACAAGGACUCCCCGAAAGAGAACAAACCGGAGAAUCAUACUCGCUCCCUGAGCUCGCCACCUUCACCGCAGACAACGUGCACACAGCAGGGACUGGAUGGAAUAAAAGUAUACAUGCAAGAGCGGGAACUGUGGGAUAAAUUCCACAAGGUUGGAACGGAGAUGAUCAUCACUAAGGCGGGAAGGCGGAUGUUCCCCUGCUACAAGGUGAAGGUGACGGGCCUCAACCCUAAAAGCAAGUAUAUUCUCCUCAUGGAUAUCGUGCCCGCAGAUGACCACCGCUACAAGUUCGCUGAUAAUAAAUGGUCUGUUUCGGGGAAGGCAGAGCCGGCCAUGCCAGGGAGGUUGUACGUCCACCCUGACUCUCCAGCCACUGGGAGCCACUGGACACGCCAGCUUGUCUCCUUCCAGAAACUCAAACUCACUAACAACCACUUGGACCCCUUUGGACACAUUAUAUUAAACUCAAUGCAUAAAUACCAACCCCGCCUCCACAUCGUCAAAGCAGAUGAACACAAUGGGUUUGGUUCCAAGAACACAGCCUUCUGCACGCACAUGUUCUCAGAGACCUCAUUCAUCGCCGUGACAUCAUACCAGAACCACAAGAUCACCCAGCUGAAGAUAGAGAACAACCCGUUCGCUAAGGGCUUCAGAGGCAGUGAUGACAUGGAGCUGCACCGCAUGGCUAAGAUACAGGGUAAGGAGUGUCAGAGGGUGUGUCCUAGUGUGAGUCCGUUUGAGGGGGAACCGAGGGGGUUGGGUUCACACCCCUAUACCUGUGGGAAUGGGGUGAGCAGCACCACCCAGGAUCUCCUCACCCCCCCUCCAACCCCCUACACCCUCCCCCAACCAGACCCACACAAACACAUGCAGGUGUACCACUGCAACAAGAGGAAAGCAGAUGAUACCUGUCCUACAACAGAGCAUCACCAGUACAGGAAGUCCUACAUCAACAGUUCUCCCAGCGAUGUUGAGUCUUACUAUCACCCAUCUGCUUACCCUCCUCCCUCUCUUCCUCUCGCUGUCCAUCCCCAUCCCCCUGGUCUCUCUGACUCCCUCUACAGGUCAGAGGCGGGGCAGCGGCAGGCGUGUAUGUUUGCUGGAUCUGAGCCCAGACUGGAUGACCUCAGCUGUACAUCCUGGUCCUACAGCUGCCCUUUGACACCUGCUAUGACCCCCAUGACCCCUACUGACCCCUACAUGACCUUCCCCCACCAGCCCUACUCCUCCAGUCCCAGGGGCUCUCAGCUGAGCCUAGUAGCCCACCAAGGCGCUCCUCCUCUGGAGGACUCUCUCUCUCAGUGCCCCUACCAGACCCAGAACUCCAGACCACCCCAACACACCAGCCCACCACUCAGAGAGUACCACUGCUACCCCACCUCCCUGUCUCCUACCCAAUACCACACCCUACACACACAGAUCAGGGGAGGGGUCCCAGAGUGGAGCGAGCCCACCUGAUUGGACCACAGGUGUAAGGGAAAGACAGACUGGUGGCUGGGGGUUCUAUUUAUGUGAGGUGUUUAUGUGAGGUGUGUCGUUUGAUGUGUGAAGAGAUUUAAUUUGCCAAUUGUGUCUUUCCCUGUGCUGUGGAUUGAGCCUUGGAUCGUCUUUGUGUUACAUUUAAUACCAUCCCCCUCUGUCUGGGACCACUCUGGAAGGAACUGAUUUUAGCGGAACCAGAUUGAUAAGCACUCUAACUGGAGGGACAGGAAGGAAGAUGACACCAUCAACUACAACGUUCCGAACUUCAUCCCUGAGACUGCUUUUAAUAAUGCACUAUGUUACCUGUCUGUCCCCUGAAGAAGUGAGACUGUGUCUCUGUGGUCGUGGUUUCCAGUUGGUGUGUGUGUGUGUGUGUGUGUGUGUGUGUGUGUGUGUGUGUGUGUGUGUGUGUGUGUGUGUGUGUGUGUGUGUGUGUGUGUGUGUGUGUGUGUGUGUGUGUGUGUGUGUGUGUGUGUGUGUGUGUGUGUGUGUCAGCUCAGGUCAGGGCUGCUGUGAGUUAAUGUCGGCUGAGAGGCCGGCUGAGUGGCCACAGGCAGAGCAGAAGAGAGAUAAACAGUUAGUUUAAACCAGGCUGCAGGGAGUAAGCCGUGACACACACACACACACACACACACACACACACACACACACACACACACACACACACACACACACACACACACACACACACACACACACACACACACACAUAACCCCCCCAAAAUAAUAAUAAAUAGAACUUAAAUCCAUUCAUUGUUUUCUACUGCUCCUGUAGCCAAAUUCUAAUGUAUCCAUUUAUUUUACAUAGGCCUUAAUUCUCUGCAAUAACACUCAUUCAUCACACAUUGUAGAGCAUUAAAGCUAGAACCACAUAUGACAGGGAGUUAGUUAAAAGAACCACUACUGGGGUGGGCUAUAUCAGCUGAUUAUCUAGAAUGUAGGUUAUGAAUCAGCUAGUUAGCAUGGUUAUGUUGUCAAAACAAGCUAACUAGUGUUUACCUGAUUUCAAUUUGUUCUGCUACUGACAAACAGUCAAACUUGCAGAUGUCCCCUUCCGUGUCCCUGACCGUGAAACAACACAUGCUAGCAACUCCAAAGUAACCCACUACUGGCAGUAUUCAUUUCUAAUUCCCCGCCCGGCACCGGUAGGUAGAUAAUGCCAGUAGGAGGAUUGCAGCAGGGCACUGACGCACUCACAGUGGCAAAAGGUUGACGGAGGGGACUUUCCUCAUGAUUGAUGAGUUCAUGAGAAACUAUCUAAUUUGAUGGACAAUGUGUUGCAUUGGAAGUUAGAAGAGACGACACUAAUCAAAAGGGCACUUUUGUCAAAGGACGGCAAAGGGCAGGUGCUCCAUCACCCCUAGGGCUCUGUCUGUGCACCACAGGAGGUUGUUGGUACCUUAAUUGGGGAGGACGGGCUCGUGGUAAUGGCUGGAGUGGAAUAAGUGGAAUAGUAACAAUUACAUCAAAGAAGUGAUUUCCAUGUGUUUGAUGCCAUUCCAUUUUCUCCGUUCCAGCCAAUAUAAUGAGCCGUCCUCCCCUCAGCAGCCUCCUGUGCUGUGCACGUGCCUGCAUACACACACAUGUUGUUCUGUUUAGAGGCAGCCGCAGGGCAGAAGACAUGUACACAAUCCUAUUGCGUUUUUGGUAUUCACACAUCUCAUCAUCAUGUUGCUCUCACAGCUGCCAUGUCCUUUACUCCCGAACUGGCUAAACAACACUCCAUUACCCCGAACUGACUAAACAACACUCCAUUACCCCGAACUGGCUAAACAACACUCCAUUACCCCGAACUGACUAAACAACACUCCAUUACCCCGAACUGACUAAACAACACUCCAUUACCCCGAACUGGCUAAACAACACUCCAUUACCCCGAACUGACUAAACAACACUCCAUUACCCCGAACUGGCUAAACAACACUCCAUUACCCCGAACUGGCUAAACAACACUCCAUUACCCCGAACUGGCUAAACAACACUCCAUUACCCCGAACUGACUAAACAACACUCCAUUACCUCGAACUGACUAAACAACACUCCAUUACCCCGAACUGACUAAACAACACUCCAUUACCCCGAACUGACUAAACAACACUCCAUUACCCCGAACUGACUAAACAACACUCCAUUACCCCGAACUGGCUAAACAACACUCCAUUACCCCGAACUGGCUAAACAACACUCCAUUACCCCGAACUGGCUAAACAACACUCCAUUACCCCGAACUGGCUAAACAACACUCCAUUACCCCGAACUGGCUAAACAACACUCCAUUACCCCGAACUGACUAAACAACACUCCAUUACCCCGAACUGACUAAACAACACUCCAUUACCCCGAACUGACUAAACAACACUCCAUUACCCCGAACUGACUAAACAACACUCCAUUACCCCGAACUGGCUAAACAACACUCCAUUACCCCGAACUGACUAAACAACAUUCCAUUACCCCGAACUGACUAAACAACACUCCAUUACCCCGAACUGACUAAACAACACUCCAUUACCCCGAACUGACUAAACAACACUCCAUUACCCCGAACUGACCAAUCAAACCUUGGUUGUGCAUCAUUCCUCUUGUUGUGUAAAUCGGUCAAUUAGCCCAUGUCAGCUAUUUUAUUUUAGAUUGGUAAGUUAGUCUAUCUAGAUAUCUAAACUUGUAGUAAUCAUGGCCGAAAUUACCGACCGGGCAUGAAGGGCACGUGCCCAGGGGCCCUGACCUCCAGGGAGUCCUCAUUGAUAUUGUGAGUCACUCUCACUAAGAUUUCAUAUUAUCAUGGCAUAAGUCAUGGCAAAAUGUGUAGAAUUUCAGGAAAUGUGCAGUAAACUGCACAAUUUUCUCUCAGCCCCGUGACAAAACGAAUAAAAUGGCAUUACAUUUCUGAUCAUAUAGCAACAUUUCUCUCCAGCCCAUGGCAAUAAAAUGUGUAGAAUUGCAGGAAAAUAACUUUAAAACAUAAAAAGGUUCUCUCUGGCUUCAAGAGGGGGGUCAAUACAAUGUUUUGCCAAUGAGAUAAACAAAAGCAUGCUGCAUAUGAGUCAGUGGGUGCAUUAUUUGGAACUGGGUGAUGGGGAUUUGCACUAACAUGGGAAUAGUUACUAUUGAUUCCCAGAGGAUCAGUUGGGAGCCUCUGUACAGUACGUGUUGGGGGGAGAGUCAUUCCUCUGGGUGUGUGAGAGAGUGUGUAAGAGUUGAGAAAUAAGUGAUCAAUUGGGAAGUGUUUUUGCUUUAUUGUAUUGUAAUUUUUGAUAGUAUUUAUUGGUAUAGAGAUUUUGUCUGGUUUUGUUGUAAGUUGGUGAAAUGACACAUAGUUGGUUGAAUUGUUCAAGUUGUUUGUUUCUCAUUGAAGGUUUGUUUUUUUGCUUUUUUUGUUGUUUUUUCUAUCUCCUGUCAUUUCC